GAGAAGCUUAUGGGCGGAUGGGAUGCAGGGGGUGCCUCUACGGUAGGGGUGCAAUUCACGGCACAACACAACACCGGUAGCGUUUCUCUCCUGCAUUCUCUGCAUUGAAUAUUUGGUCAGCUGAUUCACCUGACCUAACCCCGACGUCACUUGGUGACGUAUUUCCGCUCAGACUCGGACUUCCUUUAAGACUUCGGCAGACAAGAGCGAGGAAAAGAUAGCAGGUAGUGUCUGAACCGCAUCUAACAACGUUAUUUAAAACGCUUUUAUUCUUGAACUUUGUUCGAGUAUAACAUGAUUAAAGUUAGAUUUGUGAAUAACAACUGAGAUACGCGGCGUUUUUACCCUCUGUACCAGGCGUUUCUGAGUGACUUUGUCGGGGCUAGGACGGGCUAAAUCACCGGCUAGCUUCCGUUAGCAUUUAGCGUCUGAUUUGUGGUGGGAGAUUUGAUAUGCGGGCACUACAGAACGAUAAUGCACAAAGAUCGCUAUAAAAUACAGUAUCUUUCUUCAAGAAUAUUUGGAUAUUUCCAGUUCCAUCUUCGUGGAAUUGGUUAUAAUGUUCCAAUAUAAUCCCGGGCGCUUUGACCUUGUGUUGCUGCUAAAGCUAGCUUACGUUUAGCAUCACAGUGCAGCUCAGGUGCGGGGUUGGGCACGAAUAGCAACAAGUUUAACUACAUAUCAAUAAUUAUGUUUUACAGCGCUAAUUAUGUUGAUGGACUGAGUCAGCGGCAGGCAUGAUAAUGGUGUGUUAAACUUGUACAGUUUGUCGUAUGUGUUAUCUUAUUGACCAGCGACCAUGAAGCUGGUCUGUCGUAAUAUCUCCAAUUAAUCGUAUUUGAAUCGAAUCUUGAAUUAGUCCUUUAACCAGUUUUCUUUUCGGGGGGACGUUGAAAAUUAAUCAAUUUCUAACGAAAUGUAAAGGGAUAUAUAAAUAUAUGUUACUUAUGUCUCCUUUAUGACCUUUUCAACAGAAUGUUGGCCACCAGAGCCCUUCGCCUUGUUGGCAAACGUGCCAUUUCAACAUCUGUCUGUGUACGUGGGGGGCAUGGUAAGUGUAACCCUAUAUGACUUGUAGUGUUAUCUAUUUUUAGCAGCAGGAAUUAACAUUCAGCUAUGUGGAUGAUAAACUAAGUGCCUUUACGCUUGUGACCGGGAUGCUGUAUACAUCAGAGGGGAGGAAAGUUUUCACAGUGACCUUGUGGGACCCAAGUGAUGUGUUGACCCAUGUGAAGAUGUGGGGCUAGAACCACUCGGCAAUGUUUUCUAAAGAUCUUUAGAAACAUAAGUGUCACUUGCUUUCCUUCACAAACAUCUUACUAUUUUGUGACACAAGCAUAGCUGUCAGAUCAGCCUGACACUUUAGCAAAGCAGGGUCAAAGAACAGCUGUUGUGUGAACACUUCUUACACCUACUGAAGCACAACAUGCGUGAUUAUUUGUAUGAUCAGAACUUGUUGCCUCAAUUUUAUACAAGCCGAGUGUUUUAGAUAGACUGUCUUUUUUCAAAUAUGAAACCAUCAAAAGCUUGUUUAUCUUGUUGUGCACAUAUUUAGCAGUGGUUAAAAAAUGCAGCAUUGUACUAUUCUUUACAAACAAUGAAACACCACACAAGUCAAUUCAUGGGUCAACUUAUCAAAAUCAACGAAAUCAGAGACAACUUUUAUGUGUUGUUUUGGGGAUUUCAUCAGACAAUGAAAUGGGCUCUACUUACUUCCACAGCUGUCUAUUGACAAAGGGACUUCUCAAGGUGUAGCAUACACCGGAGCAAGUUUUUGCACAACUUAAGCAGAUAUUGUUUCACAUAGCUAUUAAAAGAUUUUAAGCCAUGUAUCCUUGUGGAUACACAUUGUUUUAUCUGUGAGUGUUCAAAAUCAUCGCCUUUCUGAAAAGUUUAAAGUUGAAGUCCAACAUUGAGGAACAAACUAAGAAUUUCAGAGAAAAGUGAUAUUGAGAUGUUAGCAAGUAUCAACAUUAAAUUAACAUAUGAUUUGUUUCUUUCAGGUGUUGCCAAGGUAGAACAGUACACCCUCCCCGCCUACUUUGACAGGCGGGAGAACCCACUGCCUGAUAUCUGUUAUGUACAGAGCUUGAGUCCGGAGCAACAGUCCCUCAAGGAGAAGGAGAAGGGCUCCUGGGCUGCUCUCUCCAAUGAGGAGAAGAUUGCUUGUAUGUCCUAGCUGCAUUGCACAUAUUUUAGAUGACCUCAUUAAAAAUGUAUCAAACUGCUAAUGUUGUCAAAAUGGUGUGAAGCAAGUUAUAAAUGUAAAAUGUAUCAAUAUCAAUAAUAUAAUCUGUAAAGGUGCCUCUUUCAUCAUCUAAGUUUUGUGUUUUUGCAAUCUUCAGUGUACCGCAUCAGCUUCCAUCAAAGCUUUGCAGAGAUGAAGCAGGGAUCAGCUGAGUGGAAGUCUGUUGUUGCUGGGAUGUUCUUCUUGAUUGGCUUCACUGGCCUGGUUGUACUCUGGCAAAGAAAGUUUGGUAUGUCUUUACAAGUUACUAUCAGCACAUUUCUUGAAUAGUUGAUGCAGUGGUGCCCCUUAUUUCCCAAAUAUCAUCACGUAACUGAGAUGAAUGCAGCUUCCUUUUAUACCAGUUCUUCACUGGAUUGUCCUUAAGCCAAUUUCUUGACGUAUGUGUUUUGUGGUUUUUGCAGUGUAUGGACCAGUCCCACACACAUUUGAGAAGGAGUACAAAGAGAAGGAGCUGCAGAGGAUGUUGGACAUGAGAAUCAACCCAGUCGAGGGCUUCUCCGCCAAGUGGGACUACGAAAAUAAGCAGUGGAAAAAGUAACUUUCAGACUCAGAGGACCACUUCACAUACUUGAAAAGAAAGUCAGACCAACUCAAAGAUACAAGAGUACCUUUAUUUCUGUAUUUAUCACUUGUUCACAUUACCUCAGUCUGUGCAUUUUGGAAGACCUCUUCCUCCUAAGGUCAUGGUGUAUUAUAGAAAUGAGAAUAAAAAUCGCUAAACCUACAAAACAAAUUUAUUUUGUCUGUAUUUUGUGUUACUCACUUGAACAAUGAUUUAACAUUAAUGAUCAUUAAACAAAUAGAGACUGAACCAAGUUUAAAGAGGGGAGAAAUAAGGUCAUGGUUUAUUGCCCAUUAUUUCAUAUUAAAUAGAAUAUUGUUCAUUUCAGUAAACUAACAUCUUUGAAAAAA